AUGGGCUUCCUCUGGAGUUUGUCGAAGUUCUCCAUCAAGGUGGCGCUGGUUGCAGGAGCAGUGAAGCUUUCAAUAGACAACGACAUUUGGUCUCUAAGCACUACAAAUGGUGCUGAUUUGUACAGCAAGCUGAAGCAAUAUAUCCUUCCAGGAACUGUAGUAUUUCCAGAAAAAUUACCGACAGUUGAAGAGGUCCGGAUUGGUGCUGAACGGCGGUGGAACAAUGGUGUUGAUAAGGUGUUCACGGCCGUCGAAAACGCACCUAGCAGUUUGAACACUGUAGCGAAUCGACUGAUCAACAAUAAGUGA